UUAUAUCUUGGAGCGUUUGAACGGCUACCAUCUAACUUCCUGAUGUCCACGAUUUAUUUAAUUGGUAGAACUACUGGCAUCUCAUGUUUUGCAGACUGUUGUUCUUCAGAGGAAAGUUAUAUAUCAUUUCUCUGAUAAUGUUAUCAGGUCAAUACAGCCCAGGUGGACUAAAAUCUGAAGGGUAUACAUUUAUUUUUUUAAUUUCAAUUGAGUGCAGGCAUAGUUCUUCUCUUGAACAAUUUGUUUACAGGGCCAUAGGUGAAACUAAAUUGUCGUAUAUGUAAAUGUGGGAACUCUAGGAGAAAUUCAUUGGCCUUUUUUAAGGUCUGGUUUUUAUUAUAGUUUAGUGAAGUUUUUGUUUGUUUAAUUCUUAAUUAUCCUCUCUUACUCUAAUACCUUUUAAUGACAUUUCCUUUAAAUUUUGUGUUUUGGCCUCUCAUCUAAUGGGGGAACUCGAAGAAUUUGGCUUCUUCAAACUUAAAUAUCUGUCAUUUCAACAAACUUAGUUGGGAAAUAACCAUUUGGCCUACUGAUAUUUCUCCAAACCUGAAGGUUUCCCACCAAUUCUCUCAAAGAAGACCGAUUUGGGUUGGCUGUUCUAAGCAAGGGAUGUUUCUAUAUUUCCCCUAACCUGAAGGGUUUCUACGUGAUAGUUUCCACUUUUCACCAAUGUUUGUGUAAACCUUAUUCCUCGGCCACUCGUUAAUCAAGAAAAAACCCAACUAAAGCCAGCUUUUGUGUCACACGAACGGGCCCAAAAACUGACAUGGCCAACCAUGAGAGGUCCUCAAACUCAAACAGAAUCUGAUGGGCCCAAACGUUAUCCUAUCCGCAAUCUUCUUGUCCCAAAAUCUCACUACCUUUCUCUGGCCACAACUCUUUCCUCACAAUCUCAUGGAUCACAUUCUUCAAUUCUCAUUUCAACACUCAAAAACUUUAGUUCUACCAUAAAUUUUUAUCUCCUUUAACUCUCGAGCUUUCUCUUUAGGUACAAUUCGAGCCUCGUUACUUAUAUAUUUUCAAUAAAAACUGAGUCUUAAUUGAUGCCUGUGUAUAAUUAUAUGAUGGUGUGGAUGAGAGGAUGAGUGGGACAUCAAUCCUUCACCACCACCUCUUGCUCUUCACACCACCCGAAGAUCAACCAAAAACCAAAAUCAAAACCCCAGAAGCUGAUUUAAGAUUGAAGGAGCAAGAGUGCUUAUGCCUCUUAAAAAGAUGCAAUAACUUGAAAGAUUUCAAGCAAGUUCAUGUUCAAGUCCUCAAGUGGGGUUUGUUUUCGAACCCCUACUGUGCAAGCAAUCUUUUGGCUGCUUGUGCUCUGUCAAAUUGGGGUAGCAUGGAUUAUGCCUGCUCAAUCUUUAAUCAAAUCGAUGAACCGGGUGCUUUUGUAUUCAACACUUUGAUUAGGGGAUUUGUCAAGGAUGACAAGUUUAAAGAAGCUUGGUUACUUUACAUUGAGAUGCUGGAAAGUGAAGUACAGCCUGAUAAUUUCACAUAUCCAGCACUUUUAAAGGCAUGUGCCGUGCUGCAAACGUUAGAAGAAGGAAUGCAGAUUCAUGGUCAUGCGAAUAAGCUUGGCUUCCAAAGCGAUUUGUUUGUACAGAAUGCUUUGAUCAACAUGUAUGGAAAAUGUAAGGAGAUAGAGUUAUCAUAUGCCAUUUUUGAGCAAAUGGAUGAAAAAAGUGUUGCUUCUUGGAGUGCCACUAUUGCAGCAAAUGCUAGUGUUGGGUUGUGGUAUGAAUGUUUGAUGCUUUUUGGGGAUAUGAUGAAUGAAGGAUGUUGGAGGCCUGAAGAAAGCACAUUGGUGAGUGUGAUCUCUGCUUGUGCUCAUAUGGGUUGUCUGGAUUUGGGAAGGUGCACACAUGGGUCAUUAAUCAGAAACAUAAGUGAACUAAAUGUUACUGUGCAAACUUCGUUGAUGGACAUGUAUGUUAAAUGUGGCCGUUUAGAGAAGGGGUUGUGUUUGUUUCAAAUGAUGGCUGAGAAGAAUCAGUCGUCAUAUAGUGUGAUGAUAUCGGGGCUUGCAAUGCACGGACAGGGUGAGCAAGCUCUCAGAGUUUUCUCUGAAAUGCUUGAGGACGGCGUGGAACCAGAUGAUGUCAUCUAUGUGAGUGUCUUGAGUGCUUGUAGUCAUGCUGGCUUAGUCGAUGAAGGCCUGCAAUGCUUUGACAGGAUGAGAUUAGAGCAUGGAAUCACACCAACAGUUCAGCAUUAUGGUUGCCUGGUCGAUCUGCUGGGUCGAGCUGGGAUGCUCCAGAAAGCCUUGGAACUCAUCAAGAGCAUGGCUGUCGAGCCAAAUGACGUGGUGUGGCGAAGCCUUCUUAGUGCUUGUAAGGUACAUCAAAACUUAGAAAUCGGGGAAAUUGCUGCUAAUAGCUUGUUCCAGUUAAACUCUGAGAAUCCUGGUGAUUAUAUUAUACUAUCAAACAUGUAUGCACAAGCUCAAAGAUGGGAUGAUGCAGCUAAAACCCGAAUGGAAAUGACAAGUAAAGGCUUGAAACAAACGCCGGGAUUCAGCUUGGUGGUGGUGUCAAGAAAAGUGCACAGAUUUGUAUCAGAGGACAAAACACAUCAUAAAUGCCAUAACAGCAUACUCGAAAUGAUUCACCAGAUGGAAUGGCAGCUGAGAUUCGAGGGGUAUUCCCCGGACACAUCUCAGGUGUUGGUUGAUGUAGAUGAACAAGAGAAGAGAGAAAGAUUGAAAGGUCACAGCCAGAAAUUAGCAAUUGCAUUUGCACUCAUAAACACAUCUCAAGGUUCGCCCAUAAGAAUUACAAGGAACAUUAGGAUGUGUAGCGACUGUCAUACAUACACAAAAUUUAUUUCAGCAAUCUAUGAAAGAGAAAUUCUUGUACGAGAUCGAAAACGGUUCCACCAUUUUAAAGAUGGAACUUGCUCAUGUCAAGAUUACUGGUGAAUUCAAAAGGUUUUUUAGUCCUGCAA